UACUAUCAUGUUCUCCCAGUCCUAUCCCACUCUUCCGUCCACCACUUCCACCUACUUCACACCCUCCACGAGUCUGACUGGUCUCUACGAUGCCCCGCUGGGCAGUAUCAGCCAAUUCUCGCAAUCUGUGGCCACAUCGGAGGCAGGAUCGCCGGAUAUGUUCAAGCAGAAUGUCCAGCUCGCGCUGAGCCAGGUGUCGCGCGUACAGGCGUUGGCGAGGAGCGUAUUGUUGGCAACUCAGCAUGCGUAUCAAGCGGGCAACAAUCCCAUCCAGACCGCAGCGGACAUGGCCACGCUUCAACAAGGGCUUCAGCUUCUCGCCGAAGUCCUUCGUCACUCGGGCGUCGGCGCGCUGCCCCUGCGCCCGCGGGACCCUUUGCACGUGCAGCAGCCCGAGGUGGAGGAGGAGCAGUUGAUCGCGGAGAUGACGGUUGCGGUACAGGCGUUGUUCGAGAAGAGGAAGAGGCUGGAGGAGAGCGCGGGCGUUGUGGCGAGUUUGCUGGGUGCCACGGAGAAGGAAGGGAGGAGAUGAUGGUGUUUCUCAUUGUAGACUUGUUCGUGACGCGUCCCAGUCUCAAGUGCCCCUGGAUUUCAUGACGAGAUCUGUAUGAAUACCUCAAACCUGAAAGUUGUCGACAAGUGCACAGUAUAUGUAACAAUAGCAGUAUUCAGCGCCUUGUACGGCAAGCGGGUGCUCUGGAACUGUGUCUCUUUCUCCAGUCUGCAAC